UUAAACGAAACAGUGGCAAGGUGUCUCGGUGGCUCCAUAUAUCCCCAGCGAUACUGAGUUGAAGUGUCGUGUGUGCAACUGCAACUGCAACAACACAGCAACGAUGGCUACUACAUGUUUCCGUUUACCCAUAUCCAUGCCCACUUCACCUUCUUCUUCCUCUUCUCGUUUCCCUCCAAGAAGAUUCAAAACUCUUACAACCGUCAAUGCAUUUAUCAAACCCAAAAUUCCAUUACCCCCUUUCAACCCUAACGACCCUUUUCUCUCCAAACUCGCUUCCGUCGCUGCCUCUUCUCCAGAAACUCUUCUUAACCCUUCUUCAACUCCUGAUAAUCUUCCUUAUUUGGAUAUUUUUGAAUCCCCUCAACUCAUGGCCACUCCCGCUCAACUUGAAAGGUCUGUUUCGUACAACAAACACCGCCCUAGAAGGCCACCGCCUGAUUUGCCUUCGCUGUUGCUCAAUGGUCGAAUUGUUUACAUUGGCAUGCCUUUGGUGCCAGCUGUCACAGAGCUUGUUAUUGCAGAGCUGAUGUACCUUCAGUGGAUGGAUCCUAAAGAACCAAUAUAUAUUUACAUAAAUUCCACCGGGACUACGCGAGCGGAUGGAGAAACGGUAGCAAUGGAGACAGAAGGUUUUGCCAUUUAUGACGCUAUGAUGCAGAUGAAAACUGAGAUACACACAGUGGCCCUUGGAGCUGCUGUUGGUCUAGCCUGUUUGUUACUUUCAGCAGGGACUCAUGGCAGACGUUAUAUGACACCACAUGCGAAGGCCAUGAUUCAGCAGCCCCGUGUUCCAUCAUCUGGGUUGAGACCUGCAAGUGAUGUUCUUAUUCAUGCAAAGGAGGUGAUAGUAAACAGGGACACUCUGGUUCAACUACUGGCCAAACACACGGGAAAUUCUGAGGAAACAGUUGCUAAUGUGAUGAAGAGACCAUAUUACAUGGAUGCGUUAUUGGCAAAGAAAUUUGGGGUCAUUGACAAAAUUCUUUGGCGUGGCCAGGAGAAGAUUAUGGGAGACGUUCCUUCUCGGGAAGAUUGGGAGAAGGGUGCUGCUGGUGCUAAAGUUGCAGAUAGAUUUUAGUUCCUCCUUUUUCGAUACAUAUCUUGCUAAUGUUAAAGAUCCUUCAGGCCCUAUUACCAUGUGUAGGAGGUUUCUGUUUAUAUUUCAUUUUGAAGAUUUUUUUUUUUAUAAAAAAAAUCAUCCAGGGCUCCUAGGAAUGUUCCACAGCUAUUCACUGGAAACUGUAGUUAUUAAAAAGCUGUAGUGCACAGAAGGCAUGAAUGAUCGAACAUAAAAGCAACAAAGCAAUCAUUCAUCUAUGUCUAUGGUCAUAUAGUGUUUGAUUUGGUUGUGAUCGUAUUCUUGUUGUCCUUCAUAUUCUUUCUCUUAGCAGGGGAUUUGUUGCGUUUCUUUCUCAUCUGUUAACUUUUUUUUAUUUGUUAUCUUCGUCCUCCUCUGGUAACUUUCUUGACAUCUAAAGCACAUACAAAAAUAUGUAACGUCUUCUACUUUUUCAUUGAAAAGUUUUUAGGUGUUCAA